GGACACGUGGAUGCAAGGAUAGCUACUGUUUAUUUACAAUGAAGGUACGACUCCGCUUGGCCGGCUGCGAUAGUGACUCAGCCCGCAUGUGUUGCCUUCCUCCGCCGUGCUCAGCUGCAACAGGAAAGGCAAGGCAUGGACAUCAAUCCUCCAUCUGGUCAGCUCAGCUGAGCUAUUGUCGCUGAAAACCGACCCACUCACCGAUUGUAUCUCUUUCUCUUGGUGCCUCUGUACCCGUGGCUGCCGCUCAGAGAUGACUGCACAAUACGGCUGGACACAUCAGACAGACAGACAGACAGAUCUGUGGGUGCCUGUCUAAGCGCAUGGUUGGCGUCAUCUACCGUGAGAAGAAUGUGGUGAUUUUGGUCUGUGUGGCGUUGGCUUGCGAGUCAUCCUUCGGCAGCGUCCUGCAGUGGAGGGAAGAUGAACAGCAAGCUUGCAGACAAGGAUGUGCGUGUCAUGUGCACCAGUGAAUGGGGUCGCUGCGAAGUAUGCUGCACAGAACACACACACACACACACACACACACGUUCACACACACAUGGCACACCGAGAGCUAGACAGACGGCGCCUUCCUAUUGUGUCGCCCUACCCAGUCACAGUGAAGAAUUUGGAGAUGGCUUGGUGCCAGGUGCGUCGAGCGGGUUUGCCGAAGACCUUGUUGCACGGCAGCGGCUUCCCGCACAGAUGAUCGUCUAUGUCCUUGUUCGUGUAGCCCUCCACGCCGUCAUACUCGUCACCCUCACCGCUCUCGAGCACCUCCACCCCCCUCUCCCUCAGCUGCUGCCUCUCCUUGGCCUUGCUCUCGGCGAUGGCCUGCCGAUCCCAACGCCACUCCUCCUCGAUAUACUGGUCGUCGUCCCACAUGGCGAUGUCGAAGCGGGCGUCGCCACCGUCCGUGUCCAUCUGCCACAGCUGCCGGUUCCACACAUAGCGACGGCUGAACGGCGCCACCUGCACACACAUCCAUCCAUCCAUGCACAAUUCAUUUGGUCCGUCCUCCAACGCUCGGUUUGUCCAUCCAUGUAGACACGAACGUACCGAUGGACGGUCUACGGGGACGAUCUGGUCGUCUGUCGUGCGAUCCAUCACCCCAAGCACGCUGAUCUCGGAGUGCUUGCUCUGGUCAUGCCGGGCGUCGUUGUCGUACUCGGACUCGAAGUCGCCCUUCAUCCACUCCUCGUCCAGCAGGCUCCCACCGCCGUACAGAAUCAACUCACUGGAACAAAGGUACACACGGAUGGAUGGAUGGAUGGAUGGAAGAUGGAUGGAUGGAAGGGAUGUCUCCCUACAUGCCCGCGUUGCAUACAGCACUCACUCACCUGCCUGUCCACACGGCAGCUGCACAUGCUGCUGGCGGUGGCUCGUAGGGUUUGUAGCGCUCGUGGGGGGAUGACUGUCGGGGAAUCAUGUUGGGGUGAGGGGCUGCGGCGCAUGUCUUCUGAGGCUGUGUGGCGAAUGACGGCCUGCUGAACCGGCCAGUCUUGGUGUCGAAGAUAACCGUCUUGACGCCACCCAACACUCCGAUCUCGCCAUAAACGGCGUAGGGCACAUUGAUGACGAUCUUGUCACCUGCACAUGACCAAACAAGGGGGUGGUGAAAUAUAUAUGCCCAGCUCGGUCGUUUGGCUGUCACUGACCUGCCAGCACAGCUGUGUGGCGGGCGAAGUCGCAUCGGUGCUCGCCGUACGACGCGCCCACACCACGCGCCAAGUAGGGCCCGACAGCCGCUGACCAGAAGAAAGGCAUGCGUGUUGCAUCUGCAUGUGAGCCGAUGGAGGUCACUGACCAUCGACUGUCGGGUUGGUGCCGGGGUUGGUGCCGCGGGCAAUCCAUGGGAGGUGAUCGAACUCAAUCCACCUGUCACACGGCACAGCCAAAAGGGAGCGUCGCAACAAGCAGACGCAACGAGGCCAGGGGAGGGGAGGGGGGGUGAGGUGACGCGGAAUGGCUCGCGAACGUUUUGGUCUUUCCGUCGAAGAUGUCGAGGGCUGGAGGCUGCGCGAAACCCACAGGUCCGAACAGGUCGUCACUCUCGAAAGAGUCACAGUCCGCGAAGUUGUCGUCCAAGUCCCACUCUGCAGACACACACACGCAGACACACAUGAGCAAGGAUCAUUGUACAUACGACUUAUCUGGUGGCUAGCAUACCCUCUCCGCCUAUAAUGAAGACAUAGCGGUCCUUGACGAGGGUGGCCGUGUGGUUCAGACGGGCUGUCGGACGGAGGCCGCUCACAUUGCCAUCACUGCAUACAAACACAUGCAGGCAGGCACACAACAUCGUUGACAAUGUCUGGCAAGGUCCUCACCUGUCGUCGAAUGACCAGGUCGCCACGUCGACAACGGUCGAAGAACUCAAUGCGUCUCUGCCAGGAAGAACGAGCAACAGGGGAAUAGAAUUCGAGCGCGUUGCGUGUGUGCUUGUGUGGGGAGCCGGCUGCCUCACUCAGCUGUGUAGUCUUUGCCGCCGAAGAUGAAGAUGAAGCCCUGUGGGUGUGCAGACGACCGGAUGGGCACAAACGUACACGUGAAGUACCGACUGCAGCAAACGAUCCACAUGCGAAGGGAAAGACACUUGUGGCAUGGCACACGUGGCCAUGGACUUCUUCUCAUUUCGCCCGCAAGCCUACCAAUCGACAGGCGGGGUCUUGUCAUCUCGUCGCUUUUUCCUGACCUCCCCCUCCCCUCCUUUGAGCUCUCGCUUGCUCAACCACCGAUACUCCCAACCGUCCUUGCGAUUCAUCUCCAGCACACCCCAGAAGUCCUCUUUGUUGCGUGUGUCGCGAGGGCCGGUCGGGCCGCCCACUGCGAAGUAGAAUCGCGGCGACGGGGGGCGGGCGGUGUGCGUGGGCAGGGGCGAUUUGAGGUUGAUGCAUGUGAGUGUGAGGGCGUCGGAUGAUGCGGGCGGGGUGCCGUCGACCACACACUGCUCCCACUCGUACUUGCCAGUGCAGAGCAGGGACCGCAACGACACACUGUCAGUCAACGGAAAGCACACAGCACCCCAUACAAAGGUAGUGAGAGCUUGUGGUUGUGUGUUUUGCGUUCUGCCUACCGCCACAGGUCGGUUUUGUAGCUUUUGUGCUCAUCUCUGCCGCCAACCACACCACCUGACAUUUGACCAAAAGGACAAACAAACAAGCAAACGAUCCAUAACAGUAUAAGCCGGCCAGCCAGCCAGCCAGCCAGCCAGGCUACCGAAGACGUAGAGGUGACUGCGCAGGAUGAAGAUGCUCGGGCGGCUCCGCCUCAUGUCAUCCAUCGGGUUGACGCAGCUGGCCUUGCCCCACCGCAGCUCACCCAAAGUUGGGUUGGUAGCGAAGUCCUUGAGCACUGCGCCUCGACGAACGGCCCCGCGGUAGGCGCUCUCGGGCAGAGGGGCGUACUUGGGCGCGUUUGUGGCCAUCGGUGAGGGGUGGGUCCGGGGUCGGUGGGCCGCCCCCUCAAUGAGUCGAAUGUUGGUCUUCUUGGCGAACGAGCGCCGAUACUGCACUCACACACAAAAGCAUAGACGCAUCAAUGAAGGAGGGAUGCGUGUGUGGCCGAACGAGGCGCCCGUGCUCGUGUGUGCAGCCACAGGUACCUGCAGCUGCCAGAUGCCUGAUGAGUUGUUCGGGUGCAGCAGGGCCGUGAUCUCCUUGCAAACUGCCCACGCACACACAGGCGACGAAACGAAAUGUCAGAUCAAUUCAUGGGCCUUCAGCAACGUGAGGCUCCCGGCCUCCUUCUCCAUCGCGCAACGCCCUUCCUGGCUGCCUGUGUUCCAGCAGCUUGUGUUGCUCACCUGAUUCGAGCUUUAGAAGUUCGGGCACGUCGAGGUAAGGGAAUAAGUACCACACUACGUCAAAUAGCUGCUGCUGCGGCGUGGCGGCCAUCCUCACACACCUAAUGCGUACAAUACAC